GAUAAAAUAAUAACCGCAAACACCACUACGUUUGUUAAUUUCUCAUAUAUUCCUCGUGCUUUAUUAUCACCGGAAGAAAUGAUAAGACUUUAUAGAUCACCCUAUAAAUGUAAAAAAUCUCUCAGACCAUUCAUUUAGAUCACUAAAAUCGUAGAACAAUUGAUUUUAUCUUGAAUGUUAUAUUUGGUUUUCGGAGAAUAAAUGGGUUCAUCAGAAUUAGGGGCUUCGGGUAUGUUUUCCGGCCAUUAUUUGGGAGGAAUCGAGGGUUUUGGCAGCGGUAGCCUUGGAUUGACGACUCAAGAUUUUGAAUUCAAUGGGGCUCCGAGUGGGACAAUGAAUUUAUUGUCGACGAUGGAUAAAUUGGGCUCUCCGUCCCAAAUCCUACCCGAUUUACCUCAGUAUAUCGGCGGUUAUGGUUCCACCUUUGGCAAAGAAGAAGCUCAGAAUAAAGCUGUUAUUAGAUCUGAGCCAGAAACUGCACAGAUGGUGAUAUUCUACGCAGGUCGAGUACAUGUGUUUAAUGACUUUCCGGUGGACAAGGCAAAUGAAAUUAUGAUGAUAGCCACUGGACAGAACCAGUCCACCACCGCCGUUCCGCCGCCUUAUAUGGUGCCAAGUCCAGCUGAAUCAACCACCAACAACAUUUCAGUUGCUGUCCCCGGUUUUGACUGCCUUCAGUACCCCCCUCAGCCACCCCUUGGUUCAAAUUUACCAAUAGCAAGGAAAAAUUCGCUGGCCCGAUUCCUGGAGAAGAGGAAAAACCGCAGGAUUGCUGCAAAAACACCAUACCAAUCAAGCAACCAAACUUCUUCAAAGCCGGUUAGAGGCGAGGCUUGGCUGGGAUUGGCUCCUCAAUUUCCUUUUUAAUGGAGUUGAGCGCCAUUAAUUAGGUUUUACAUUUUGUUGCUUGCUAAGAUAUAUUUUGGUUGAAGGACAGACGUGUUUUUGAUCUGGUAAUUAGUAGUUUAAUGUAUUUAGUUCACAUUUGUUGAGCUUAAUUAUUUUGUAGUCUGUCUGUUUUCUUCUUGGCAUCACAAUUUGAUCUAAAAUUGGGGGAAGGACUGCCCCUUUUUAUGAGUUUUUACGGUCACUUUCAUUGAUUUUAUAAAUAUUAUAUGUAUUGGUUUC